UGAGGGUGAGAGAGAAGCCAGAAGUGCCACUGAUGUGACAGUAACCUUUCUGCUGAAAACAGCAAGCUGCAGUCUGGAGGAUGGGAGCCCAUCCAGCUUGGAGGAAGUCAGAGAGGAAUAUGUCAGGAGGCAAUUUGGCAGUCACAGCUCUACAUCAGCCUCAGAAGAUAUGAGUGAAUGUGACUCUGCCAUCUGGUAUUUGCUUCAAGAAUGUGAAAAACAAACACUGGAAGAAUAUGGGAACCCAGAAUUGAUCCAGUUUUCAGACACUUUAUCCCCAGAUCUAGUGGAAUUUGAACGAUACUUGUAUUUUUAUAAUCACACAGUGGACCUGCUGAUAGAGCAUGGAAUUGUUUGCACUGGAGAGGUGCCUCUUCCUGAGGUCUCAACAGCUAUUUCCCAUCUCUGGCAAGAGCUUUCUGAAGAGAGCAGGGACAGCAUCUUGCAGUACUGUAGCCAGAGAGAUUUCCUCAUGGAUCCCAAGGCUGCUUGCCCAGAGCCUGCUUGCACUGAAGGUAGUGUGAGGGACAGCGGAGGUAACAGUGAGGAAGCCAGUGGUUCCUCAGUCUCCACACCAGAGGAAGUAAUGUUUGAAGAUGCAUUUGAUGUUGCUGCUGGUUUCCUUGACAGAAGCAAGGCUCAGGGAACGUCCAGCCAGAGUUCAGCAUUUGCAAGCUGCAGUUCUGAAAAUCCAGAGGAUCACCAGAGACUCUAUCUGCAGGUCACUGACUUCCUAAAACACCUCUUCUUCACUAAUACGCAGUUUUGCCAGGAAGAAGACCUCCACUAUGAUCAUGAGACUGUGAUGCUGCGGUGCACUGAGACCUUCGAUGAUGAAGAUUUCUAAAUCUAGUGGAGAUAUUAAUGUUUUGCCAAGCACUCCCAGGUGCACUGGGCACGUGAGGAGGCUUCACUUCCUUCAGUGAGCUGCCUCUCUAAGCAGACUGUGGAGACACUGUGUUGAAGUGGUUUGUUACCAUUGACUUCUCCUUCCCUCAUUAGUACUUCUUGAUGUAUCAGUUGAGUAAUUUAUACUUUUUAAAGGUUUUAAAGGUCUUAGCUAUUUAUUGAUAAAUGUUUUUAUCCAUUGCUAUUUAAUGUUUAGCCUUGCUUCACAAAGAAACUGAGGCAUGUACAGUUAAGUGACCUUGCCUAGCAUAAGGUGUGGGAAGAGCAGCAGGGAGGCCAAAUCAGGGGCAGUCUGCAUGCUCCCACAGGAUGCACGUCUCAAACUGCAACCUGCAGAAGUCACCUCCUGGCAUGACUACUUUUCUGGUGCAAUUUUUCACCUUGGGCUGACAAGGAAAGAAGGAUUUCCUCACCGAGAGUGGGAUGAGGCUCUUCUAUCUCUUUAUGAGGAGAGCACCCACUCCCCAGUCACCGAGAAAAGUGCCGACAUAGUAAUACCCUUUGGAUUAUUUACUUUUGUGAAGUGUGUAAAGCCAAGUGAUCAGCCCUGUGCUCUUCCUCCACAUCUAAUUCUUGGAUGAAUAGCGCUGCUCAGAUAGUGUCUUGGAAUUAAAAGU